AUGGGCACCUUCAGUUAUAAUGACAGCUCCAUAGAAGGUGAUGUGUACGUUCAAAGGUUGUCCAACUAUAUCCGGAAAAAUGAAGAAGCAUUGGCUAAUGGUUUACUCUGCUUUUCUAAGAAUAGGAAUUCAACGGUUAAAGUUAAACCACUUAGAUUAAGUUUCACAAUUCAUCAUUUAUACUAUGUUACUGAAAGAAUAGACACAUCUCCUUUAGGUGUAGACGUUGGUCCCUUGAAUAUCAAAUUAGACAACCCAAAUCAUGAACCCACGUUUGUAUCAUUCAUGGCUAAUAAUGCCAGGUCAUCAAAGCAUUUUGAUAGUGAUACUAGAUCAAUUUCAUCUAUAAGUUCGAUGAAAUCUGUUGUUUCUAGUGCAUCUGUCUAUUGGAGAUCCCUUGCAUUUAGUAAAGAUCCAAAAGUUAUAAACAAAGAUUUAAAAUAUUUAUAUUCAUCAUUCACAAAGGUCCCUUGUUUAAUCUUAAGUGCAAAGACAAACAUAAAUAGUAUAAGCUCAUAUGAAGAAUAUCCAUGUGACACAUCAGUUCCUCUCAAGAUGUUUAAAAACUUGCAAGUUUUGGAAAUAAAUGAAUACGAUCCAAAUGAAAUAUUUGGUUGGAAUACUCUAAGUGAACAAUUAAGAAUAUUAAUUAUAAGAAAGGCAAGAGUGAGCGAUAUGGCAGAAGUACUUUUCAAUUGGGUUAUAGAUGAUGAAUCAGGAAGAUCAAGUUUUAACUCACCUAAACAAAAUGGAAGAAGAUUCACUGAUUUCAACGGCUAUUCAAUCCCAAGUACUGCUGACGAUUCAUUCAGUGAAAUAAAUGAGUUUCCCCAAUUCAAUAACAGUGCAUUCAGAUACGGAAGACCCGAGAAACCAAGUCUGUCAGGAGCUGGCUCCUUGCCAAAAGACAUGUAUAUAGGAGAUCAUUUCAAUCAUCAUAUCAACAACAACCAUAGCAAUAACAACAACAGCAACAACGAAAGGAAACAAUAUGAAAGUCUUCCAGAAGCAAAGUGGGCAUAUUUGAAGCAGUUAACUGUUUCCGAGACUUCAAUUUCUAAUAUUCCAGCAUAUACUUUCAAACCAUUAACAAAUUUGGUUAAACUUAAUUUGUCAAAUAAUUUAUUGGAAGAAUUACCUGAUGGAUUAGAGCAUUUAACCACUAUUAAAUACCUAAACUUUUCCGAUAAUUAUAUAACGUCCUUAAAGAAAUUACCUAAAAACUUAACAAACUUGUUAACCCUUAAUAUGAAUAAUAAUAAAUUGACAGAUUUAUCAGGGUUGGAAGGUUUAGCAUCUUUAGAAAAAAUUGAUUUAAGAAGGAAUUGUUUAUCGGAACUUAAAUCUAUGAGACCAGUUAUUUCCUUAUUCAUCAGAAUUCCAAAUCAAUUUUGCAAUGUUUAUUUAUCACAUAAUAAAUUACCAAAGAAUUAUAGACUGGAUUUAUUUAAUUUAUUUAAUGGAGUUAAAUAUAAGAAUUCCAUGAAAAUAGAUGAUUCUAGACCGGGAUAUAUAGAACAUGCUAUGUUACUUGAUGCUGAUGCGGCCAUAAAAGGUUUGGAAAAGUUCAUAGAGGAAACAAACAGGCGACAGCUGGUACUUACGGUCUCAAUUGAUUAUUCUGACAAUGAACAAACAUCACCCAACGUAGAUGAAGAAGCUGGCAACUCAACGUUAGUUUCAAAUAGUCCAUCAGGGGACAAAGUGAAUCCAAAACAUGAUUCCUUACUUCAACCAUUCUCAGACUUACGAGUUGUCGCCGAAGUAGAGGAAUCACCACCACCUCAAUCCCAGCCCAGAAAGUAUGAAUUGUCACAGACUGCUAUUGCCAAAUCAUUAUCACUAUUGCAUUCAACCCCAAGUUCUCCGCUUAAUCCCAACCAUAACAUCAUGAAUCAAUGCGAUUCUCCUUCGCCAUACCAGUAUACAUCAAAACCAAAGCAGUUAAAUAAUUCGACAAGUUCGAUACCAUCAAGUCCAAAGACUAUCCCACCCAUAUUGAGGCGAUCAAAUACGCUUGCUCAGUUUGAUCUUGAUGGUUCGAAUGCAAAUGUCGCUCCAAAUAUCGUUACCCCAGUCCAAGUAACUGCCCAUAUGCAUACAUAA